UUUCAGGGAGAGGAAGCUAUUCUUGAAAUCUAGGUAAAAGUUCGCUGUGCGACACAGCACAGGAGAGGACUUUGCCCCUAUGGGCUCACUGCCCACCCCAAACUGGAAAGGAGCAGGUGUGGGCGGUGGCGGUCAAAAGCUAUUUAGAUAACGGUUACUCAAUUUGACCCAGCGACGCCAAUUCCUUCUUUUUGCCCAUCAACGACCCGUCUUUCGUCCCAUUGGUAGACUGGGCGAGGGGAGGGAUUUCUAGACCCCUGACGCCGACUUUUUUUGUUUUGUUUAGUUGGAGUUUAAACUUUGCUACGCAGUGGAAGGAGGUUUCGGGGCAGAGGGACCUAAGGGAGACAGGAGGAGAGAAAAACGCAGCGCCGUUGAGUUGGAAUAAAGGCCGCUUGGCAAAAGCCGUGUCGAAGGAGGCAGAAGUCACCCACACACGGCUGGGACAUGACUGCCACCAGCCUUGACAGCAUGGAGCUGCUAGACCUUCUCUUUGACCGGCAGGACGGAGUCCUCCGCAGCGUGGAGAUUGGGUCAACGGCUACAGCUUGGAUGGGACUGGAAGACAGCCGUUUGCUGAAAGCUCAAGAGAACGAGGAUUUCAUCAAUUCUAUCUUGGGGGCCCCAGAUGCCGCCCUCGACUCCCCAAGCUGGUCCCCGGCGGCCAGCGACAGCGGCAUCUCCGAGGACCCCAGCUCUGAUCAACUGGACAGCCCCCCUCACUACGUGCCGACAGGCAGCCCGGAGGCCUACUCUGAUGGAGGUUCACACAGUGACCUGGGUUACCCUGCUUACCAGGACUCCUGCCGGGCCCUCCCGGUUCUGAAAGGGCCGGGUGCCGAUCUUAGAGAAGCGGAGGUGUCUAUAGACUUCAAUAUGUGGGAGGCAGGAUUUUACCCGGAGGAGAGGCAGGAGCAAGCCGCCCCCCAGCUGAAUUCGUGCACCCUGACCAUAAAGGACCUUCUGCUGUCAAACAGCUGUGAGAUGCACCAGCAAGGCAUGAACCCAUCGCUGUUGAGACAAACCCCCGGGACCUGCCAGGAACUGGUCCUGACCGAGGAUGAGAAGAAGCUAUUGGCCAAGGAAGGAGUGACUCUACCCACCCAGCUGCCUCUCACCAAGUAUGAGGAGAGAGUCCUCAAGAAGAUUCGCCGAAAGAUCCGGAAUAAGCAGUCGGCGCAGGAAAGUCGGAAGAAGAAGAAAGAGUAUAUUGACGGACUGGAGAGCCGGAUGUCUGCCUGCACGGCUCAGAACCAGGAGCUGCAAAGGAAGGUCGUUCACUUGGAGAAGCAGAACUUGUCCCUCCUGCAGCAACUGAAGAAACUUCAGGGACUGGUGAUGCAGUCAAGCGGCAAGGCAGCCCAAACAGGCACUUGUGUUGCGGUCCUGCUGCUUUCCUUUGCCCUGAUCGUCUUCCCCUCCAUCAGACCUUUCACUCGCAACAAAGCCGAGUUGGAAGGAGACUUCAUACCUGUGAGAGUUUUUUCCAGGUCCCUGAACAACGACGCUUCUUCUAGGGUAGCCUAUCCCAUGGCAAAGGAAGCCGAACAGAGCUCCAAAGAGCCCGAGAGACCCCUCUGGACCCAAUACGCCCACAAAGGCCACACAGAGCAGGAUGGAACCCUCAAAAACCUGGUUGUAAGGCACCACGUCUUGUCAAGGCACCACGACGCAGGAGAGGCCGUGGUGAGCAACGGCACCGAGCCUUUGCACGAAGUCGCCUACUCGCACUUGGAGGGACUUGAAGGCCCCGGGGAACACGUCGGGCACAGCUUGGCACCCACGGCCUGGGCAGAGUCUGGCCAGCCCAGCAAGGGGGCCUUGGAGCAGGCCGAAGAGUUGUGACCCUCUCUCCCCGCUGCUUUCCCCUGUACGGCAUUUGGGGACUUAAUAGGGGGUGGUGAUGGGGGACAGGGCUGGAUGUGUGUAGACCAAACUGCUUCUUUCCCACUGAGCAGGGAGGGUGGAAAGGCAUGGAGGUGCCGUUUGCAAGAGAGCAAGUGAAAAGUGUAAAGAGGGUGGCCCCCUUUCUUCUCGCCCUCUCUGUGAUAAGCUUCAGAAAAGCUCAACUCCCUCCCCCCAGUACCUGCGGUCAGCAGCGGGCCUUAGUCAAAGGUUUGUUGAGUCCAUCCUUCCUCUGCCGGCUGGACAUCUCUCAGCAAUUCCUCCUCUGCUUUAAUAAUAAUAAUAAUUUUUUAUUUAUACCCUGCCCUUCCCGGUUCAGAAAACCGGGCUCAGGGCGGCGAACAACAGAUUUAAAACACUUCAUUGAUGCAACCAAAAACAGCAUAAAAUACAGUAUAAAACGUGAAUAACAAUAAAUUCAGAAUUCGAAAAUCAAUUUGGGGGAAAAUCCACCCAAUAAACAUUAGGUGAUCACCAGGGCUGGCUGGCUGAAUUAGUCCUAUUUGGGCCAGCGAGGAGACCAGGGGAGAAUGAGCUGUGGGAUCCCAGAGCGGGUAAUCUUCAUAAAAAGGGGAGGGAAGGAAGGGGAAUAAAAGAUCAGGCUAAGUUCAAAUUGAAUGGGCGGAAUAGCUCUGUCUUACAGGCUCGACGGAAGUAAGUUGAAUCCCACAGGGCCCUGGUCUCAUGGGACAGAGCAUUCCACCAGGUCGGAGCUACCACUGAAAAGACCCUGGCCCUGGUGGAGGAUAAUCUGACUUCUUUAGGGCCCGGGACCUCUAAACUAUGGUUGUUUGUGGACCUUAAGGUCCUCUGCGGGGCAUACCAGGAGAGGCGGUCCCGCAAGUACAAGGGCCCUAAGCCGUAUAGGGCUUUCAAGGUCAAAACCAGCACCUUAAAUCUGACCCUGUAUUCCACCGGGAGCCAGUGCAACUGGUAAAGCACUGGGUGAAUAUGCUCCCACGGCAGAGACCCUGUAAGGAGCCUCGCUGCAGCAUUCUGCACCCGCUGGAGUUUCUGGGACAGUUUCAAGGGUAGAGCAAAUUACAGUAGUCAAGCCUGGAGGUGACCAUCACAUGGAAUCACUGUGGCCAGGUCGGGGCGGGAAAGGUAAGGGACCAACUGCUUAAUGUGGCGAAGGUGGAAAAAAUUAGAGGUUUUGUCCGACACUGCCCACACGUUUUCAAGUAUAUUUCUUUGCAGUCACGAGGGCUAGAAACUCCCAAAUGAAAGCUCGGUUGGGCAGGGAAAGGCAGUGAUUUUUGUCCUGUCCUGGGUCCGUCUCAAA